CCCGGUGGCGGCCCGGGCUCUCGGUGGGGAGGAUGACGGAGCUGCAGUCGGCGCUGCUACUGCGAAGACAGCUGGCAGAACUCAACAAAAAUCCAGUGGAAGGCUUUUCAGCAGGUUUAAUAGACGACAAUGAUCUCUAUCGUUGGGAAGUCCUUAUUAUUGGUCCUCCAGAUACACUUUAUGAAGGUGGUGUUUUUAAGGCUCAUCUCACUUUCCCAAAAGAUUAUCCCCUCCGGCCUCCUAAGAUGAAAUUCAUUACAGAGAUUUGGCACCCAAAUGUUGAUAAAAAUGGUGAUGUUUGCAUUUCUAUUCUUCAUGAGCCUGGGGAGGAUAAAUAUGGUUAUGAGAAGCCAGAGGAACGCUGGUUACCUAUCCAUACUGUGGAAACCAUCAUGAUUAGUGUCAUUUCUAUGCUGGCAGAUCCUAAUGGAGACUCACCUGCAAAUGUAGAUGCUGCGAAAGAAUGGAGGGAAGACAGAAACGGAGAAUUUAAAAGGAAAGUUGCCCGCUGUGUAAGAAAAAGCCAAGAAACUGCUUUUGAGUGAUGUUUAUUCAAUAGCUAGUAACUUCACUUAUUUCAGGGUCUCCAAUUGAGAAACAUGGCACUGUUUUUCCUGCACUCUACCCACCUAUUGCUGGACUUCUGUUGUAAUAAGUUGGCAAACUCUG